AUGGAGGAUGAAAAAAAAGUUAAAUUCACUGCUCAAGAUUUAUAUGAUAAGAAAGCUGACAAAACAGAGCUUCAAACGUUAAAGACAGAAAUACUUCAAACACUAUAUCCUAUAGGUUCUAUUUACACGUCAAUGAACUCUACCAAACCAGAAGUAGUACUUGGUUUUGGAACUUGGACUCAAAUAGUCGACAGGUUUUUGUAUUGUGCAAACUCUUCAAAGGAAACAGGCGGAAGUAAAACGAUUUCAGGUGCAAAUUUACCUGCGCACAGUCACUACAUAAAUUUAAGUACAUCU